CCGAUUCAGAGGAAAGAGAGGAACGAGCGCACGACGCGAAGAGCUCGAGCGAUCAGCAAAUCCGCCGGAAAACUCUCGAACGGUGAUCGCCAAAUGUCAUUGAUCGACGGCUCAUUGAACCGUCGAAAUUCUAUAAGAGGCAAGGAAGAAGGCAGCGGCGGCGGCGGCAUCCUCGGAAGUGGACGGCGUGACCUGGCUGGAUUGACACUAGACGACGUUCUAGGCACCGACAAGAAACUGGGUCCAUCGCCCACGGUGGCUCAGAUCACCCGGACUCUCCUCGACGUAAUCCGCGACGAUCCUGACGGAGGCUCUUUCCAGGACCUCCUUGGCCAGAAGGACAAGCAGAGCUGGAGAUCUUUCAAGGAAAGGCUACGACGCAGGCGUGAAAGCCAGGCUUGGACCUCAACCGGUCACACUCCUACAUCAGACAUACCGAUUACUAGUUCGAGGUCACAGAUGUCAAGGCAAGGUUUAACUAGGUUCCACUCUACGAAGAUUGUGGAAAACUCGGAUGACGAGCCAACUCGGGAGAUUCACUGUGAAUCCCCGAGAGCAGGGGAGAUGCACGGCAGUGAUCAUGAAGCGAUUUACGAUUAUUCGAGCCAGAGUUGCUCUCGGUCGAUGAUGAUGCGCCGGACCUCUAGUCGAUUCGGCUUGUUGGGCCCGGCAGUUCCACCAGACUCGACUGAGCCGGAGGAUCUGGCAGGUAACGUGCAGGUUAAGGCUCUCCGGCCACAGAUCUCGCGCCACAAUUCCACGAGGCUCGGGUCAUCACCCUGGUCAAGGUCCGAGUCGGCUCGACUCCUGACUCGGUCCGAGAGCUCAAUGGUCAGGAGAGAGGACACCAACGGUGAAGACAAUGCAGCAAUUUACGGGGACGAAUUGGGUCGCCGAUCGCGGCGAGUUUCUGUGGUGGCACUGCAGGAGGAUAGGCAGCUGUCCGCGAGAGAGGCCGCAGCCUCCCAGGAGGCGGCGGAGGCAGCCGCCGCCGCCGUAUUAGACAGAGAGGAUGAAGGCAGUGACAGGGAGGAGACGGAGAAUUUUGAAGCUGCACAGCCGAAGAGGAUGUCACUGAUGGACUUGCUGGAGGAGACAGACAGGGAGAUGGGGUUCGUGGGAUCGAGGUAUGUGGUGGGUGAUGAGGAAGAUGAAGAAGAGGAGGAGGAGGUGGUGGUGGAAGAGGAGGAGGAUGGAGAGGAAGGUGGAGAGUACAGUUGCUGCGUGUGCAUGGUGAGGCACAAGGGGUCUGCAUUCAUACCCUGUGGGCACACAUUUUGCAGGAUGUGCUCAAGAGAGCUCAUGGUUGCCCGGGGGAACUGCCCUCUCUGCAACAAGUUCAUCCUGGAGAUUCUCGACAUCUUCUAAGUAUAAAGUGAAGAGCUUUGUGGUUAUUGGUCAGUUUGGCCAAUUGCCAUUCCAUAAAAGAUUGAAAAGGAUGAUCAUUUUUGCGUUACUUGAGAAUAAGCGGUCAUUUUCUGCCUCUCUCACACGCUGUCUCUUGUCCUUAUUUAAUCUUCUGCUUUUGGAUUACAGGAACUAAACAGGUAAAUGUCAUGGAAGUCUGUGAGCCUAUCAAGUUUUGUUUGUGUUGGUAACUAGCAGACUAGGAUCGAAUCUGAUUCCAGUGAGGAGGGAUUUAUUUGACAUAAGUUCUUAGAUAAUGCUAUGUAUGCUAUUGGAUUGCGAAAUUAAUAUAUAUAUAGUGACUGUAAUGAACUCUUUAUUGAA